CCCUUUCCUUCGGGUGAAAUGGAAAGGGAAGAGCGCGCAAGCGCAAUAGGACAAAGUGGUGUGGGCGCCAUCUUGAUACAGGGCAACGUCCGCAGUUUGUUUACGUCAUCCGUCUGCGCGACUGGCAGGCGUCCGAUGGAUUAGGUAGAGAACAGUGGUCCGAGGCAUAGGCUGCGGAGGGGCGUGAUGGGGGAGGCGGCCGUGGCCGCGGGGCCCUGCCCGCUGCGCGAGGACAGCUUCACGCGUUUCUCGUCGCAGAGCAAUGUGUACGGGCUGGCCGGCGGCGCGGGUGGACGCGGGGAGCUCCUCGCGGCCACCCUUAAAGGCAAGGUGCUCGGCUUCCGCUACCAAGACCUCCGACAGAAAAUCCGGCCGGUGGCCAAGGAGCUGCAGUUCAACUACAUCCCCGUGGAUGCAGAGAUUGUCUCCAUCGACACCUUCAACAAGUCACCCCCGAAGCAGGGCCUGGUUGUGGGGAUCACUUUCAUCAAGGAUUCAGGGGACAAGGGCUGCCCCUUUCUUAACAUUUAUUGCGACUAUGAGCCUGGCUCUGAAUUCAACCUUGACUCCAUUGCGCAGAGCUGCCUGAACCUGGAGCUCCAGUUCACACCUUUCCAGCUGUGUCACACAGAGGUCCAGGUUGGGGAUCAGCUGGAGACUGUGUUUCUCCUGAGCGGGAACGACCCAGCCAUCCAUCUCUACAAGGAGAAUGAAGGGCUGCAUCAGUUUGAAGAACAGCCCGUGGAGAACCUCUUCCCAGAGCUCACGAAUCUGACCAUGUCCUCUGGCUUGAUGUCCACAACCUCCCCGGCACAUCCCGGCGCCUCUCGGCUCUCGGCUGUCAGAGUGGCUAUGUCCGUGUCGCCCACGUGGACCAACGGAGUCAAGGUGAGGGCCAGGCCGUGCGCCAGGGCUGGGAACGGGGGCAGAGCCUUGAGUCCUUGCUCUCCAUGCAGAGGUGCUGCACAUGUGGACAGUCCUGCAGGACGGCCCCAUCUCCCGAGUGAUCGUGUUCAGCCUCACGGCCCCCGAGGAGGCCCCGGACCAGCCGCGGCAGGAGGCGUGCAGCGUGCUCGUGGUCAGCAUGCUGGAGCCGGCAGUGGUGUACCGGAGCUGCUCUGCUAUAAGUACCGCGGCCCCGAGUCGGGGCUGCCCGGGGCCACCCCUGGCUUCCAGCUGCUGUGGCGGCGGAGCUUCUCGAGCCCCCUGCUGGCCAUGGCUCACGUGGACCUGACCGGCGACGGGCUGCAGGAGCUGGCCGUGGUCUCCUUGAAGGGCAUGCACAUCCUGCAGCACAGUCUCAUCCAGGCCUCUGAGCUGGUCCUGUCCCGGCUUCGGCGUCAAGUAGAACAGAGGAGACAGCGGCCACGGGGGCUUGGGGACAGGUCGGGCCCAGGGCCUGCAGAGCUCCCGGCCUCCUGAGCACCUACCUGUCGGUUCAUUCUUCUUACACCUGGAGCAGUUCAUGAGACACAUCUCCAGCCGUUGAUUUGAGGAGGUGUCCCAAGAAGAGUGUGGUCUCCCCAGGUCCCCGGGUGGGACAGCCCUGAGUCUCUGCUCUAACUUUGCCCCACGAGCCCUGUGACCCAGGCUAGCCCCUCUCUCUGUGCCUCGGCAUCCCCAGCGGGAAACGGGCGAUCCCACCCGCCAUCUCCACUGCACUGAGCACUGGUCAUGUGUCCAGAGAAACAAAGCUUUCACAGUCGACUUCA